AUGUUGAUUUAUAAGGGCAAUAUGAACGUAAACAAUGCUAUAAACAUGAUUAAUGACAUGUAUGAUUCCAUAAGCGAUGCUUCGAGUGAUACUAUAAGCGAUUCUAUAAACGAUGCUAUAAGCAAUAAUAUGAGCAAUACUAUGAGCAAUACUAUGGGUGAUACUAUGUGUGAUGCUAUGAAUAAUAUUCUGAAUGAUACUAUAAAUAAUGCUAUGAAUGAUGCUAUGAACAAUGCUAUGAAUGGUGUUAUGAAUGGUGCUAUGAACAGUGCUACAAAUGAUGCUAUGAACGAUGCUACGAACAAUGCUACGAACAAUACUAUUAAUGAUUCUGUGAUUAGCAAUAAUAAUUAUGGUUGA